GUACACGUUUAAGUUACUUCAAUGUUAGUUACCGAAAAACGGCUACUUCUACAAUAAAGUACACAGUUUUCCCGCCAAGGUAUUUAACUCUCAUUAAUUGGAAAAACUGUAAUUCAAAAAAGUAAAAAUGAGAGGCAGGCAACAGCUUCGCCACGCAAUUGAUUCAUUAUACGCAGGUGGUCAAGCGACGGCAGAAGCGUACGUGCCGCUCGUGAUCGAAUGCCUUCGAGUCAACGAUGUCGGUCAAGCCAAGAGACUGCAAUCUCACAUGGAUCGACACUAUUUUAGACCCAGCGACACGUUUCUACAUAAUCGUCUUCUCCACUUGUACGCGAGAUUUGGGAGAAUUUCAGAUGCUCGAGACCUGUUUGAUAAAAUGCUUCACAGAGAUAUUAUCUCCUGGAAUACUAUGCUUUCUGUAUAUGCAAAAUCAGGGUCUGUUGAGAAUUUGAGAGCACUCUUUGAUCAAAUGCCUUCUCGUGAUUCUGUUUCUUAUAAUACCGUGAUUGCUGGUUUGGCUGGAAGGGGAUGUUCGAGUCAGGCGCUUGGAGUUUUCUUGAGGAUGAAUAGAGAGGGAUUUGAGCCGACGGAUUAUACUCAUGUGAGUGCAUUGAAUGCGUGUUCACGGUUAUCAGAUUUGAGGAAAGGGAAACAGAUUCUUGGUAGAAUUUACGUUGGUUGUUUGGGAAGGAAUGUUUUUGUUUCGAAUGCUUUGACUGAUAUGUACGCCAAGUGUGGUGAGAUUGAUAGAGCACAGUGGUUGUUCGAUAGAACGAUUAAUAGAAAUCUAGUUUCAUGGAAUUCAUUGAUUGCUGGUUAUUUGAAAAAUGGGCAACCUAAGAAAUGCAUUGAUUUGUUUCAGGAGAUGCAAGUAGCUGGCUUCAAACCUGAUGAUGUCACAGUCUCGAAUGUUCUUGGAGGUUAUUGUCAAAUUGGAUUGGUAGAAGAAGCAAGUAAGGUUUUUCGCAUGAUUAAGAAAAAGGAUAAAGUAUCUUGGACCACAAUGAUUGUUGGUUAUGCACAGAAUGGAAAAGAAGAAGAUGCUCUGAAUUUGUUUAGCGAGAUGUUAAUAAAAGGUGUAAAUCCAGACGGUUUUACAAUCUCUAGUGUGGUUAGCUCCUGUGCAAGAUUAGCCUAUCUGUGUAAUGGUCAGGUUGUUCAUGGGAAAGCCAUUCUUUUGGGAGUUGAUAAUGAUUUGCUCGUGUCUAGUGCUCUUGUUGACAUGUAUUGCAAAUGUGGAAUCACUAAGGAUGCAUCGGUUGUUUUUGAUAUGAUGCCAUCCCGAAAUGUAGUUUCUUGGAAUGCCAUGAUAAGGGGUUAUGCGCAGAAUGGUCUGGAUUUAGAAGCACUGGCCAUUUACGAAAAACUGUUGCAAGAAAAGAUGAAACCUGACAAUAUUACAUUUGUGGCCGUUCUAUCUGCAUGCAACCAUGCUGGUUUAAUUGAAGAAGGACGUAGGUAUUUUGAUUCUAUCAGUAAACGGCAUGCAUUGGUGCCCACCUUGGAUCACUAUGCUUGCAUGAUCAAUCUCUUUGGUCGGUCGGGAUGCAUGAGAGAAGCAAUGAAUCUAAUUAACAAUAUGCCCCAUGAGGCAAAUUCCUUAAUAUGGUCUACCCUUCUAUCUGUCUGUUCUAUGAAGGGUGACAUGGAAUACGCGGAGAUGGCUGCUAAGCGUCUCUUUGUAUUGGAGCCCCUUAAUGCAGGACCUUAUAUCAUGCUCUCUAACAUGUAUGCCACUCGUGGAAGAUGGGAAGAUGUGGCUUCAGUGAGAUCUCUCAUGAAAAGUAAGAAAGUCAAGAAGUUUGCUGCUUACAGUUGGAUUGAGAUCGAUAAUGAAGUUCACAAGUUUGUAGCAGAAGAUGCAUCUCAUCCCCAAACAGGAAUCAUAUACGAAGGACUGAGAAAACUGAUUAAGAAAUUGCAGGAAGCUGGCUUUAUGCCUGAUACGAAGCUAGUUCUUCAUAAUGUGGUUGAGGAGGAAAAAUUUGCAUCCAUUUGUUACCAUAGUGAGAAACUUGCUCUUGCAUUUGGAUUGAUUAAAAAGCCCAAUGGAACAACACCGAUUAGGAUAAUGAAGAACAUUCGUGUUUGUGGCGAUUGCCAUCAGUUCAUGAAGCUUGUGUCUAGAAUUAUUGGGAGGCCAAUCAUCUUGAGAGAUUCUAACAGAUUCCAUCAUUUCAUUGAUGGAAGUUGCUCAUGCAAGGAUUACUGGUGAUCAAAAUCCCGGGAGAUUUGUUUUCAGAUAUCUUUUGGUGAUAGUCCAUGUAUGGAAAAUUUCAACAGAUUCUGAUCAAGCUAUGAAGGGCCUCUAAAAGUAUAUUGGGAUGGGUUUGGUUUGCCAAUUUUAGUAGAUAAGACAAGUGAGCCGAGCCCCAUCAACAAUGCAUAAAGCAAUUAGUAUUUUGAGGCUUUGAAAUCGGCAACUUUAGGUACAUUUCGAGUCUUGGAAUAUUUUUUGUAGGCCUCUGAAACAUUCCUAGGCAAUUAUAUUGUUCCAAUUUGAUGCCACAUAUUGAGCAUAGCUUUGGGCUUUGGAUCACAAAAUAAAUGCAUAUUUUCUU